AGAGCAAGCACUAUGAGAACAUACAGAGCUGCAUGUAAAAAGGCCUGUGGUUGCUCUAUGUAGUAAACGCAUAAAACCAGUAGGUGGCACCCAAACCUCAACUGGAGCUAAAUAUAUAAAUAAAUAAAUCUAACCUGCAGUUCCCGGAUGUACAGUAGUGCUGCACCUCCCCCCGUCGCCUCAUCUCUCCUCCCCUCCGCCACCGCCUGCUUGUCAAACGAGCCUCCUCCUCCGCGUACUGUCUCCUCCCAGCGGGUCUCCCUCCCUUUGCUACUGCAGUGAAAGCCUCGGUAGAGGAGAGAGACACGGAGAAGAGAGCCUGAAGCUGACUAUAAAGCUAGAACGAAACCUCAGAGAACAGCAACAACCUUGUUUUCUUAUUUUGUGUUUCUCGCCACAGUUCGGGCGGCCUUCAGACUCCCCCCUCCCCUGUUGAACCUCCUUUCUGAUCACUUCAGCAGGAUUUCAUCAUCCGACCUGCAAGAUGGUAAGCAGCCACGGCUCUUAAUUUCACCCUCCGCCGAGUGGUAAACACACCACUGGUCAGGCCUGCAUGUCAGUGUGUCGAAUAGUGUGGCGUUUGAGCAGGUUGUUUUGUCGCGGUAAGCGCUUUGCUGUGAGUUUACAGUCGACAGUGUGGAGCUCCGUGAAGAAGGAAACGCUUUCCUCACCCACUUUUGGCUCCCUGUCGCGCGCUCUGUGCAACACCCCGGGGCUGACAGUCGCCUGAAGCCUGUGGCCCAGAUAUUUCUUUUACCUCCUCGGUACUCUUAUUAGCAACGAGGCCUGUGCAAAUUAGUUUUCAUGACAAAAAUGCACGCUAGGGAGGCCUGGGCUGGUGACUAAAUGUGUCUCAUUAUUACACACAGACAGGAAAAUGUAACGUACGCUCAAGUUACGGAUCCACACUUCAGUUCUCUCCACAUUUCUCUGUUUUGUAGCUCGCGUGUCACCAUGUUUAUAGUUGCAACAUUGUUUCAACGGAGCCUAUGGACUUUUAUAAAUUUGUGACUAUUUACAGCGGGUGGCGAAGAGACUGUCACUACACUCAGUUGGCUCGUGUUGUCAAAAUUAAUCGGUUAGUUGACCUGAUACAUAAUUAUAAAUCUAUAUUUGAGGGUGAGUUGCCUAGUAACCGUCAAGCAUCCAUGAAGUGACCAGUAGGGGUGGACCUGAACGGACAGCAACGUCCAGGCCUGGGUCCUACUCCGCUUGAAGGAGGUUUAAAAGUGACAUGUUGACAGUAAGGGCGUUGCAGGCAGCCCCCCCCCCCCCCUUUUUUUAUAACACUAAAACUCCUAACCUUAUCCCACACCGACCGUUCAACACACACACUCACUCCUUCCCAACUGGCUAUUGAUUAAACACACCCUCACUCAUCAAUUUUCUGUUAUUGUUGAUGCCCUGCAUACAGUUAUGGGAGCGAUCUGUUUACUAGCUGCCCCCUGUUAAAAUCAUUGCAAUUAAGGUUUAUAUGUGGUGUAAAAUAAAUGUCCAACUUUUGUAACAGCUGGUCUGAAGUGCAUCCAUAUUUGCUUAGUCGUUUCUUAAGAUAGUUUGAUUCAUUUUGGGAGCAGCGUAGAAUUUGGUUGCAUCACUGGUCAUUUAUUUUCAUCUAUUCGAUGGUCUGCCUUUCAUCCCAAACAAUUUGCCCAUAACUGGGGCUAAAAUGGACUGUGACACAUAUACAGUAGCCUAUACUGUGUCAUUGUACAUGUUUUCAGUAACAUGCUGGUUCAGCAUCCGUUUUUACAGUAAAUAGUGUGCAGAUAUAGCUCAGAGUGAAGAGUCAAGGAUGAUGUUUUGUUGUAUACCUGUCACAAUAACAAAAGAUUACUCUAAAGUGAGUUUAAAAUAACCAGCACUGACUGUGACACAAUAAUUUCUGACACUAUAAAAAAUAAAUUUCCACAUAUACUUGCAGCACAGCAUGGAUAACUUCACUGAGACUAUUCUUCUCCCAUUUCUGAACUUGCACUUAUAACUACAUGUGACAAAGAAAGAAAGAACUUUAUUUUAUCGUAUCAAAAACAAAUGUUCUUCAGCAGAUGUCAUGUAACUUCUUACACAUUGAACUGUGACUCAGAUCUCAUUAUUGGUAAAGCUCAUGUGACAAAUGUCAAGUCAAAUCUCAACAAAAUCAGAUUUCAAGAUUUCUCAUAAAAAACUAAUAAAUCUUUUGCACCAACAGUUCAGUAGGAGAGUGAGUUCACCUGUGGCCUUGUUUUAGAAGUAUGUCAGUGAGUAACUCAAUAAAACAGUUUCUGUGUUGGUGAGCUGCUAUACCAGAGGCUCAUGAAUCAAAGUUGGCGUCUUUGAGGGUGCAUAUUAUGAUGCAUUCAAAAGGGCUCCUGAAAAAAAAACACAUGCUAAGGACCUGGAGCAUUACCUGGCCUGGACACAGAAUCAAAAUUAACAUAUUAAAUGUUGGCUUCCUGCUGUCUUAUGAUUGAGACAUGAACAGUGUGUUCUGAGGAGUGCUAGCUUACCUGUAAUUUGUCCCAUUUGUCCCCUCAGCGGUCUCAUCUUUGUGCCAGAGGGACGACACUCUGGGCAUGCAUGUCAUACAGAUAGUGUGCCAACUUAUGUCCUGUCAGAAUGUAUUCUUCUCCGCUGCAGGGGGAGGUUGGGGGCAGGGACGCACAGUUGCUUAAGCAUGUAGUGGAAUGAUCUGAUGCUAAGGAGACCAUAUGCUGCCUAGCAAUCAAGCACCACCCACAUAAGGAUCGAGCUGGAGCUAAUGUAAAAGAGAUAAAAGCCACAGCAAACCACCAGUAGAAGUGAUGAUCAACACCCAGUGAUCCACACUGCACUUCCAACCAGCCCACUCAAUCUGGAUUUAUUCUCCUCUCUGGCCGUCGCACACCGCUGCAGUGUUCAGCUUGUGCUGGAGCCAACAGUCAGUCACAGACACAGGCCAAACUGUAGUUCAUUUUGUCAUUAAAAAUCUAUUUGUCUGGUGCAUCAGCGUCUGACAGCAAUGACUGGAAAAGCUAAAGCUCGCCUCUGUAAUUACUGGUAGGAACAGGAUGUUUGGGGGAUUGAAAGCAUAGGAGACUGUACAGUACAGUGCUUAAAGUUGGAAAGGUCAAAGUACCUCUGAGGAUGAUGUGGAAGGAAGUCGUUCUAGUUUUGUAUUUAUUCUGGUAUAUGUUAGAAAAUUACAUUACACAUGCUAGAAAGGGUAUUUUAGUGCUGUGUUCAAACAGUCCUAAGGAGCCCAUUUUACUAUCUCAAUCAUGUGCUUUAGCAUCACACACUAUUUAAAUUACAAAUGACUGUGCAACUGCAAAGGUUUUAAUGUACAUCGAAGCCAUAACUUAAAGUUAUAAUGUCUUUUUGAAUAUCCUCAGGAUAUGUGUUACACUACAGUACUUGUUUAGUCUUGUGUGGAUCUUCUUCAAGCAGGAAUUUUGGCACACUUGUUCCUCUCCCUCUUUAAGUCUCCUCACGCUCAAAGCUUGCUUUCAGCUAACCUACUGUAUGAAGCUUUGGGUAGCUGACAGCUUUCUGGGAUGUCAGUUGAUUGGCCAGAUCUGAUUUGAUCUUAGUGAUCAUAUUAGACAUCAGUGCCAACAAUAUCUCUGAUUACACAUGUAGAAAGUGCCCACUCAUGCUGGGGGAAUCGCGAGGCUAAGGCUUGGGUUAAAGUAGUCACAACUUAAAGAGCUGAAAACAACUCCGCAGGCUCUUACACACACCUCCUACAUUGUUGUGAAAAGUAAAGGUACACAGAAAGUCAAAUAAAAAGUAGGAAUGUGAUCACCUUUGAGAACAACUUGCAUCUAAAUCUAGAAAGCAGAUAUUUUGGGGAAAACCUUUGCCACAGUAAUGGCCACUUGUCAACUCUUUAGUAGUUCAUCUUUACAUCUAGGGCCCCAGCCAAUGGGCCAAAUGUUUACACACUGAAAGCAGCAACAGGAAACGUGUUUCUAAAAUGUUUUCCUCCAGCCAAGCCAACCCUUUCAAACUUUUUUGAGGAUGCAUGCAUUGCAAUGGCUCUGAAAAGACAUGUUAUUAGGCAGUUGUAGUUUCAAUGAAACUAACAAAAACAAGCCACAUUAAAAAUGUUACUGUCUGCAGUGUCCUAAACAGAGAGCAGCUGGGGCAAUCCACCCUUUUUAUACUAUGAAACACUGAUGGCGUGGGCUUAAGGGAUGACUGAUGUAAAAAAAUCUAAAUAGUAUAUCCUGAAUGUAGUUUGAUAAACAGUAUAGCCUCAUCACCACAGGGUUAAUGCAUAAGAAGAUUAGACAUUGUUAUUUUACAGAGCAUCAUGGGGCCUCAAAAAGCCUUUAUAGGUAAGCCAGAGCAGGGGAUGGAAAUGGCUGAGAGGAUUAGCUCUGCCAGAGUUCCUUCAGGCUGCUAAGAUUUUGAUAAUUAUUUUCAUAUUUGCACUUGACUUCUUAAUCUGGCUCAGAUCCUUGACACACACAUGCACACAUAUAGAGAGACGUAGGUAAACACACACACACACACACACACACACACACACACACACACACACACACACACACACACACACACACACACACAGGUAAUAAUUGUAAAGUAGAAUUACAUGUGAGAAAUGAUGCUUUGAGAGAAAAGAAAGUACUUAAGCCUGUGCGAAGACGAAGGAGACUGCAAUGUUAUAUCGGCUUAGUCCAAUUCCCACACAUAUAUCCUAUUGCCUCUCAUCUGUGUAAUAGUGUAAUAGGUUUUUAGUGAUAUAGUGUCAGCUGGUUGUAUCCUGGCUUUUGUUUAGGCCAAAAAAUGGAUGGCUGAAUUCUUUUAAAUACUAAUUUGAGUGUGCUCAGCUUUGAACUUUGUGGUUACUCUGGAGGGUUGAGAAUGUUUAUCAUAAAGCUUGGCUAUAUGGCGAGCAGACACAUCUGUGUGGAGGAGGGGAGUGCUGUGAUCUCUGAACCCUGCAACCAGCAGGCAAGUUAUCAGGGAGAGAAUGCUCGCACAAUAUGCUUUCCUCUUUGACGAUGUGUCCAUAACAUUGAUGGUGUGGACAAGGAACUUCAGCAUGCUGAGUGACAAUCAGCACAGUGGACCAGCAUUAUGCUGUGCUAAUGUCCCAUGGUUGGAGCACACAUACUUAGACAUGAGCUUUAACUGCACUUCCAUGAACCUGUUAUUUCUGUCUCAGGUGUUGAUUCAAAUUGGUCUUUUUGUCACAUGUAGCCAUGUAACCACUUAAAUUUGCAAGUUUUGGUACCGCGCUUCUUUUUGUCCAAUGUUGCCAUACCGAAAUCUGAAACAUCCCCAUAUAACAGUUGCUCUUCUCGGUUCGCCCACCAUGUUCCCGCUCAUCGGUGUCCAUGCUGGUCACUCUACAUGACCAACAAAGUCACAGAGUGUAGCUAAUGGAUGCUACCAGACUCAAAGAGGAGCGGUUGUAAUGCACAAUUAUUGAAUUGCAAAUUACUGCCUUUUGGGCAAGUAAUCUCAUUUUGUGAUCGUAGUUGCAAUUAAUUGUGCAGGACUUGCAGAUCAUUAAAUUAGAAAAGAAGAUUUUUUUCACUAAAACAAAUGGAAUACGAUUGGUUCUUGAAAUUCAUGUACUUAACUGCUCAUUGCUUACACAUCACCCUAUAGUUCAUUAAAGGGAUAUUCGGGUGUAAAAUAAAGUUAUGGUCAAACACACCAUAACACUGAGUUAGACACCCCCUCGUGAGAUGAAUGUUGCAGACUGCUUGCUUCCCUAGUUAUACCAACUUCAGCAACGGCCGCACAAUAACAAUAAACUUUCACAGAGUGCAGCGGAGUUUCGCAGCUCAAGGAAAAACAUUUCUGAUUAUUACUUCAUGGAAAUGCAAUCAGACUGAGUCACGAAGGCAGAAGAACUACCACGUCAGCAGUGAAAAAUGAUUAUUAUGAUGAUUAUUACUUCAUGGAAAAGAGCCGCUGCACUCAGUGAUUGACUUAUCAGGGCUCCCCCACAAACAAGCCGCUGCUAGAGGUGAGUGGGUGAGUUGUGUUUGGUCUCUCUGCUAAAGAAACCAGGCAAAGCUAAAAAGCUGUUUUGUGGCUUGGACCCUAUAUGUACUGUUGAUGAAGUUAGGUGCUGUUCUGAGCAUUAUUUGUGGCUAUAGAGUGGCUUUUUAGUUGAGGUUUGUGUGCGGAGACAUAGACUGCUGUGUUGGUAUAACUAGAGAAGCAAGCGGUCGGCAACAUUCAUCUCUCAAGUGGGGGGUCUAACUCAGUGUUAUGGUGCGUUUGACCAUUACUUUAAUUUACACCGGAAUAUUCCUUUAAGGUUUCCUGUAGAAAUAAGAGAUUUAUCAUGUGCACUUCAUAGUAUCAACCCCAAAAGCUUGCUCUUGUGGUUUAAGUUAUAUAUGACCUGUAUGACCACGUAAAAGCCUGAGGAAGCAUUCUGAACAUUUGCUGCCCAUCAUACUUUGCCAGUUCAUUUAGUAGUAGAGUGAGACUUCUUAAAUAACGAUAUGCUUAGCAUACAAGAGAAUAUGCUGCCAACACCAACUGAGGCAGGAAUUGUGAGAGAGAGCUUUUGACGCAGACAAAAGUAUUGACUCCUUACACCUUUGCCUGUCUGCUUGGCAGAGUAAAUAUUGAUUUAUUUAUUUUUUAAGUCUAGUACAAUACACGGAUUUGGAUUUGCUGGCAGCAAUGCAGAGACAUAUUCUAGUAAGUGUAAUGUCAACACAGUAGGACCACACGCACACACGCACACACACACACACACACACACAGACACACACACACACACACACCCACACACACACUCAGAUCUGGUUUUUGCUGUUAUUUUCUAAAAGAGAUUUAUGCAAGUUGUCUCUAAUACUAACAAAUUCACAUUCCCAAAUCCUCAUGUGAUGAGAUUUACUAACCUUAAAUGAAGGAGGAAAAUGUAAUGAUGUGCAAUGCCCUGAAAUUAGGCAAACAAGGCCUCUUAUCAAAGGCAGCUUGUCCUCCCAACAAAAAUGAGCAGGGAUGUGAAUGUACUGCUCUUUCUGCUGCCUCAUGUCACAACUGUGCCCUUGACUAUAGCACCUAGUCCCAAAACUGGAGCCUCCAGGUGUAUAAGUCUGAAUCUCUUUGACAAAGGUGUAAGCUGAAAAGGUACAUUUGUUCCCAGCACACCUGCCUGCAGUAAGUCUAUUUAAAGGUGAGAUGAUAAAUCUCACCUUUGAAUCUCAUAGGGCUGGACGAUUGUGGCAAAAAUGAUAAUCACAAUUAUUUUGACUGAUAUUGAAAUCACAAUCAAUAAACUCAGUUAUUUAUUAAUGUCAAAACUUGAGUAUUUAUUGAACCAACAAAACAUAACUUUAAAUAUAACUAAAAAGAACAGCCAGAAUUAAAUAAGUAACAAGUAAAAAAAUAAAAAUCAAUCAGCACUGUGAUCGCCAACGAUAAAUUGCUAAUUCUAAUACUCAGCACAGGUGCUCCACGGUGCAGCACCCAUGUGCGCACACAUAUAUUGAUACAUAUGAGUCCGAGUUAGAGCCAAAUAUAUAUAAUAUGUAAAUAAAAUAAUAAGUUAAACCUAACUUUUAAGGUGUAGCGGUGGCAGUGCGCCACAAUCAGUUGCUUUUAGGGGAAACCCUGAAGUUGGUCGUGUUGCCUUGGGGAGCUGACACGACAGCGUGACUAACUUUGCAAACAAUUUCCUUUGGCUCAACCUCCAUCAAAUUGAAGCCAAAAUGUCUCUGAAGUUGUCCUAGUUUUUUCCUCAACCAAAGGCUGCCUUUCUGCCAUGUUUUCAAUCACUCGCUCCUCAUAUUAUUGAUCCACACACGCCACACGCUUGUUGCAGCUGCAUGUAACAGGAAUGUAUUCAAGGUGUUUUUCCAGUACAGGAACUUACAUACAUGUCAUACAGUGCGGCGCAUUCAUCGUUUUUCUUCGGUAAUAAUGUCUCUAUGAUCAUAGGAAGCCAAAGUCGAAAUCAUGAUUAAAAUUCAAUUAAUCCUCCAGCACUACUAAGUUAUGUAUCCAAAGUUGAGAUGGAUCUUAUGUCUUGAGCUUUUGAAUAAAGAUUCCUCCGAUGGUUUGUGUCACUUUAUAUGUGAAAACCUGAGUCAGUCUACAAAACAAAGAUAAAUGAAAAAGUUCACUAGCUUUUCAUCUAUCUACAAUCUAUAGAAGACUUAUCACAGAAGGACAACUUACUUCUAAUCAAAUAAGUUUCUUCCUAUUGUUUGACUUUGCCAAUUUUAAAGAGUGAGAACAUGAUACGGUUUCGGUGCUCCAGUCCUGCAUACUAUGACUGAGUUCUGCAGAUCUAUUAUUAGCUGGGUUUUUGGGUCGGCCAUAGUGUGGCUGCUGAACCAGGGACAGUGCCAGACUUGUCAUUAUGCAAAACAUGUUUUGUGUGCUAAAGCCUAAUUGAUUCUGAAUGAACCAUGCAUUAUUGAUGAGCCAACAUGGGUCUCUCUCUGUCUCUGUCUCUCUCUGUCUCUCACACAAACAUUCACACUCUGCCCCCCCCUUUCAUAUUCAUCUUUGUUCAUGGAAGAUUGUGUCACCUCUUUUUCGUCACUUUUAUUAUCCUCCCAUCUUAGAGCCCCUCCUUCAGCAGCUAUGUAACAGCAUUAGCAGCUGCUGGGAGUAGUUUGUUAUAGAAGACAUGACAGAGAGUUACUUCUGACCCCAAGUUAGCCACAUCAGUGACCCAAAGCAGGCCUUAGUUAGUAAACCUGUAAUCCUCAACACCAAAUCUGCUUUGCUGUAAGUCUCUUUACCUCCAAAGACCCUACAGCAACUUCAACAACAGAGGACAUUAGAGAUGUAACUGGCAGUGUGCAUUCCCAAGACUCAUUCAUGAAAUAAUUUGUUGAUACAUUUUUUAUUUACAAUUGUAAGGUUUAAAAAAAUAGUCCAUAUUUAUGAAAGCAGAAAAAUAGAAAUUUUAAAAGUGGUUUUAAAAUGUUUUAAAAAAUCAAUUUGACUCUUUAUGGUGAAACACCAUUUGUGUGAUUACUCAUUUCAUUGAUUUCAUCUGAUCUGACAGAUUCAUACAUCACUCAUUACUUUUUGUUUGACAUGCCUGCGCUUUGCCAGAGCUGCAUACAUUGUGUGUGAUGAUUGACAGGCAUUCAUAUUCAAACAAAGGUAGCUAGCAGUAUUAAAGCUGUGCAUGAUGCAGAUUGAAUGCACAGUCUUUAUUGUACUUUAUUAUUAUUUUUUUGUUUAACUCGUGCUUUUUGCAGGUAUGGCUCUGAUCUUUCUGAAAGAGUUUUGGAGUGAUUUGCACAGAUUUUUAACACCUUUAAAAACAAAUACAUUAUCUUCAGUUAUGAAAACUGUUUCAUGAGUAAAUCUCUGAGUGCUGCUUCCCUGUAUUUCUCAAUAUGGGACACGUUUUUACAACUGAAUGGAAGGAGGAGUCUCGGUUUAUGUUGUGUUACACCACCUACUUUCUCUGCAUGGUGCAGGUAAGGUAGUUAGGUGUGUCCUGUGGAGUUUUAUCUUUACACUGACCACACCUUUGUUUGCUGUGGUGUAAUGUUGAUAUCUAUAGCAGAAAGUUAUUGACUCUAAAUGUGAGAGUAAGUCAUUUUCUUAUUGUAGUGCAAACCUAAGAACCCCCUACACCCCUACCCUCCAAAAAGGACAUGAACGACAACCUUAUUCUUUUUUACAUGCUGAAGGUGCAGAGAUAGCCUUCCCUUGAACUUGAGAGCGCUGAUUUCCACAGCUGCAGCUGCUGCUCUCUAUCUGAGUUACAUCUGUGUGUUGAAGCCAACAAAGUUUUCCCAUGCAGGAUCAAUAUGGUAUUGCAAUGUCACAAUUACCCUCAGAGCCUCAUAGUCAAAGAGAAGCCCAACCCCCUGCUUGGUAGAGUCAUGUGUUGUGCACUUCACUAUGCACUCCCCUCUGAAAACCUGUGAGUCCCUAAAAGAAAACCAUGUUUGUCGCUCCUCAUCACUCCUCAGCUGUAGCAAGUUGUCUCUGCUCUCCUGAUAGGGUGUCAAAUGUUAAGUCGUUCUCUUGGCUAAUCCCGUGUCACCUCUUUCUCCUCACUGCUCUUAAAAUACCACAACUUCUCUGAUGUAAGUCUGCUGUUGUGUAGCAGUGCUGUGAUAAGCGAGAGGAUGACACUGUAGCCAUACAGUUCACAGUGUUUGGUGUGUCUGUGUGUCACCCACAUCAUGAAUUAUUAACUGUCUUUUCCUGUAUUUCUAUCCUUUAGUCUUAAGCACAGCAGGAGGAGAGCUAUGUUUGUUUCUUGACUAUUACUUUCAAACUAGUAAACCAGAAAGAGGCUGUUUUGUACUUUAGUUUGUUAAGGGUCCAUCGACUCGACUCAAAUCUCCUCAGCAUUCUCAGUGUUUGCGUUUCUUCACAAAGUGAGCUGGAGUGCUGUGGCUUUGAUUUGAAAAGUCAUUGUCGCAGUUUUGAGCCUUAUGUCACAUGACUUGUCAUCUUAUUGACUGACUGUUUUUUUUUUUAGACCUGUCAGCUGAUGAUAGCAACAAUUUAGUUCACCUGUGAUCUUGAAACUGCGCAUCGUUCAUCUUUGGACUUGUUUAUUGGAUACACUUGUUCAGAUUGCGUGGCCAUUUUUUGAAUUCAGUCACAGUUUGAUAUUCCUAGAUGGAGCAACAGAACAUUUCCGGUCGAUGAAUAACAAGCCUAGAGCAUCUCUCCCACUCUUAGCUCUAGGAUCCCCCUUCCGUCAUCCCAUCCUCCCCGCCCCUCUGCAACAGGGACUCCAACCCGGCAUCCCCUCUGAGCACUCAGCCUCACUCUGCCAACAAUCAGACUCAGGCUCAGUGAACACUGCAGUGCUGGAUGGGAAAGGAUGCGGAUGUGACUGCUGAACAUGAGCCAACACCAUACACACAAACACUUGCACGCGCACACACAACACUGCCAUGCUGUGUCUACAGAGCCCAUACGUUUAUUGAGCAUUUGAUGCCGUGCAUUUCAUGAGGUCUGAGUGACACAUUGUAUGGAAAUGUUCACAGUAGCUUCAGGGCUGUUGUCUGGCUUUAAUUGUUUGCAAUACACACUUUCCUCCUUGCACAUGCAAAGACUUACAAGCAUGAGUAAAUAUACACAAAGGAUUAAACAUGCAACAACUGAAUACACAAGCCCUGAAAUGAAAAAGAUUUCUACAGUUGGCCAGAGUAAUGAUUCUGUAUCUGCAUUUCCUUAUAUUCAUCUGUUAUUAUGGGGGUUGACAAAAUAAACCGUGGAAAGUGUUGAAUGAGCUUUGGGCAUGUUGAAUGAUGAUGCAGUUUUUUUUUUUCUCUUGAAAGUAGAACAAAAGGGUUUAUAAAUGCUUAGCAAUGUUCAGAAUUCAUGAUCAAUUUUAUUUCACAUAUGAACACCUUGAAUAUUAUUAGAUAAACCCAGUAUGGAAAAUGCUCAUUUAUGUUGCAAAAGCCUCAAGGUUUGUAUUUAAAAACAAUGAGCGUUGUGAUUAAAAAUUGUAUAAGGAUAUUAUGGUAGAAAGUACAUGUGGCUCUUUGCUGGUGUUGUUAGGUGCUGCAGUGUUUGGCAGACACUCUGUGACAAAAGCCAUCUGAGGGAUUUACAUAUGCAGUUUCAGAAAGAUCCAGAUGUUUUACCUUGAACAAUAAAAAGAGCUGCACGUCAAAAAACUCAUGCAUGGUUGCAGAAAGCCUCAGCAUGACUCAGCAGUAAUGAUUUGCUUUUACAAGAACUACUAGACUGCGACUGUCUUACACCACACAUGUAAAGACAACCAAAGGACCAUGACUAGUUGCAGUAGGGUUCAACUACUGUUCCUUUUUUUGGGCCAAUACCGGUACCAGAUAUUAGUAGUUCAUAAGACCAAUACCUGAUAUUUUGGAUAGAUAUGCAUUGACAGUAAAAUUAAUUUUGAAUUACAAAUGCUAGCAAAACUCUUCCUAAAUGUUUUAAUACAUGUAAAAUAAUAAGAAAUGAACUAACACGUUUGACACCAUUUACAGAAGUAAACAGUAAACCAUUCAUACUUCCAUGACAGAAGAGUCACAUGAUCAUUUGAGUUCUAGCUAAUCAGUUAAGUGUUGUGGGCGGGACAGUAGGUCAUAUUAAGAAAAGAUUAAGGAAGAGACUCACUGUUUCCCAGUUUUUACUGGUAAUGGAGUUGGAUUUAAAUGUUCAGGGCAUGGAAAUAUGUUCAUGAGAGCUGGUUUGCAUUUUGUUUUCAAGAAGGCUUUUGAUCUCAAUGAAACUAUUGUCAAAAAGCAAAUCUGACUAAAUGUGUUUAAAUGAAAACUUCAAAUAUGUUGCAGAUAAUUUGAUGGCCAUGGUGCACACUAGGUGUUUCCUACUAGAAUAUAGAAACUCACUCUACUAUUUCUCCCUCUUUUUUAUAGGGAAAUGAAGCCAGUUAUCCCCUGGAGAUGUGCUCACAUUGUAAGUAUUUUUCUUUUUCCAGUUUAACAAGACUUAAUUUGUUUGGAAAAUAUGAGCUUGUACAUUUUAGCGUGGUUACAUUGUCUCGUACAUGAAUUGGUUGACUGAAGUAGCACUCCAGCUUUUUUUGUCUAGUUCAGUCUUUUUUUGCCUGCGAAGUUUGGAGAGCCUUGCCUCUGAUUUUCUUGAGUGAUAAAGAUGAAUUUUACAAUGGUUUGCUGGUCUUACAAAGCAAGUUUUUUAUCAUCCCUUUUUUAUCUGAGCUGAUAUUUUAAGUACAACAGUAUUAAGUUGUAUAUUGUGAUGCAUCAUGUAGUUUUGCAAGGCAUGCAGAAUUAAGUGGAAGGCUUUAAGAGGAGAACCAUAAGGCAUAAGGGAAAAUGAUGUCAAUGGCCCAAACUAGUUUGGGUCUGGAAGUGGUUUUUGACCCUCUUUCCUGAGUGAAUAUGUAAAAGGCUUUCCACAGAGACUUUGUCUUCAGAAGUCAAGAUUAAAGGAGGCUCAUCUCUCUGUGAGUGACUGUGUGAGGUAUAGCUCAACUAAUGCAGAAUAAUGUUCCUUCCAUUUCAUUUUCUAUAUAACAUGGUUAAAUCAAAAAGUUUGGAGAACCUGAAGAAACCUGCAUAAAAAAAGACAAGGCCCAAAACCAGUACUGGAUAACCAUGAAGUUUGGGCCCUCAGACAGCACAGCAUCAAACACAGAUAUUACACUGCAGGUUCACUUACACAUCUGGGAGAGUACAAUAGUGCUGAAAAAUAUCCAGACUUUUGAGCAUGUGUGUGUGAGAGGGCAUUUUUUAAAGAUAUUGAAGACAUUAAAUUUAAAACAAGCAUCUAUAUAUUUUAAAAAGGAUUUGUAGUGUUUAUGACAUUCGCUUGCUCUAGUUUUCAGCUUCAUCUAAAAACCCAACUCUUGUAAUUUUCAUGGUCCUGUUUACAAGAUGUGUGCCCUGUAAACAUCUUUCUGCUCUCAGGAGGGGAGGAGAAAUGACUCACGUUUAGUUUUUGUACAAGUCCAUCACUCUGUACCUGCUAAUACACCAACAUGUAUCCUCAGAGAUGAAGAUGUCUUUUUCUUUCUUUCUUUCUUUCUUUCUUUCUUUCUUUCUUUCUUUCUUUCUCAGUUUGGUUUAAAUGUCAGCAUUUAACCCUGCAGUGCUGUGGGGGAAUGUGGCUUUUGGAGGGGGUUUGUUGCUACUUGUGCUACUUGUGCUCAUUGAGGACAGGACAGGACUCUCUGUAUCUUUAAGGGACCAUGCAUCUGUUUGGAGUGACUCAACCUUUCUUCAAAUCAGAGCAACGUGUUUGGUUUGACUGUGGCUGAGCGCAGUGGCAGCUUAACAGAUAGGAUGUGCUCAAAGGGAGUAGCCGAGGAAAGAAGAAAGAGAAAAUGUAGACUUUAAUUUUUUGAAUACAAAACCCGGUUAAACAACUUUUGACUUCAGUUAAGAUGACAUCAGACAUCAGCACCACAGUUAAUAGUUUCACUGUUUGGGCAGGGGAGUUUUAAACAUAUUGCUGUACAUUUAAGAGCAGUAGGGGAGAGUGGGGCAAGUUGAGCCAAAGGGUAAGAUAAGCCUACCCCUGUUGCUUGGAAAUGGUACAAGAAAUUGAUCAUGUGACCAACUAUAUAGGAGAUGGGCAUCAAUUCAUGGAGUCUGUGAAGGUUAGAAGCACAUGGGUGAAGGGGUUAGACUAGGCCUGUCACGAUAACAAAUUUUGCUGGACGAUAAUUGUGCUACAAAUUAUCGCCGAUAAACGAUAUUAUUGACACCGUUUUUUAAAUUAUAGAUAAUGAUAUUAUAUGGCAUAAUAAUGCGAGUACACCAUGUCAAAAGUGAUAAACUUUAAUUUCCACACGAGAACAACACUGGUUGUUUUCGUUGACUAAAAUAUUUCCCUUUUCUCCCACGACGAAGACGUAACGUUGACGAGCUAAACAAAAGUCGGAGAUGACUAAAAUGUGACUAGACGAAAGUGCGUUUACGUUGAUGGGACGAGACGAAAAUGACGAACAGAGUUGCAAAACUCAGUCAGUUAAACGCUAAACAUAUAGGAGCAGCUUCAGUCCGCUCUGACAGCUCUCAUCAGCCUGCUGUGCUGCUCCAACACACAGACACACACGCACGCGCGCGCGCGCACACACACGAGUUUUGUGGUUGACGAAAACAAAACUAGUUUAAAGCCGAAAUAUUCCCACACUUGGGCUGUUGCGUUCGGUUUAGACACCAAAGCUGUCGGGUUCAUUCUGUUAGCUUGCUUUUCACUCACGACGCUCACUUGCAGCACUGUAUCCAAAAGUCUGUGUCUGUGUGCCUGUGCGCGCCAGCCCCCUCGUGACAAAGACACUGAAUGACUGACAGGAGGGUUCACUAACUCCGUUCAUUCCGCUAUAGAGCCAACGCCCCCAGGUGCCGAGAACAAUGCGCAGAGUGAGACCUCUUCUCUCAUCCAGCGUGUUUGGUAGCGAGAGAGGAGGAAAACAAACGCACGUCAAUUAUCGAGGCUGGCAAAAUGACCGACCUCGUUUUUAUUUAUCGAGCGAUAAGGCGAUUUAUUGAUUAUCGCGACAGGCCUAGGUUAGACAUUUAUUUACAAAAAAACAUUUUUCAAUCUUGAAAGUGAAUUUAGUCUGUCAUGUUUUAUUAGAAUUGUGUUCAGACCAAAAAAGAUCAUUUUAAAUUUGUUUUAUCAUAAAUUGUGGUAUCUGUGAGCUACAACAUGAGGUCAAAAACCUAGCAUAAAAGUCCACCAUUUUAGUUUAGAGGACUAAUAUAGUCAACAGUAGUUCUGGGGUAAGUUGAGCCAGUGGCUCCAGUAAAGAAGCAGGAUGAAAGGAUCAGAGUUUCAGUUCAGAUUGUUGAAAUGUGUUACUUUUUCUUUCCAAAAAUACAACUAUGAGUGUUCUGAAUCACUUAAAGACAUUCUCAUGUUAAAAUGUUUUUUUUCUUUACAAAACUGCUUUUUAGCAGUUAUAUGCAAUAAGAAGAAUUAUUAUACUUGUUGGAUAGCAUAUAAAAGAUAAAAAUACUCAUGAAUGUGAAGAAGUGACUGUUAUUUAGGGAGAGAGAAGGUGAGGGAGGAAUGGGGUGGAGAGUGGGGGGGUAGUAGGGAAACGGCUCAACUUCACCCGCUCCUAUGGUCAACUUACCCCAUACACAGGGUAAGUUAACCAUAGGAGACCACUUUUUUGGCAUGCUAUAUUAUCAAGACAGUUAUGUUUACACUCAUUCUGUUGGUUUACAGGGAUGCACAACAUCUCGAUAUAUAUGCAGAUACACUAGUUAGAGACAAAACUAUGAUUGCCUUGAUGUAGUCAUCUAAAAUAUGAAAAAUGGCUCAUCUUACCCCACUCUCCCCUACUGAAAAGAUCCAUUUCUCCAAAAGCUUCACUCUUAAUAAAAACUAAAAAAAUCCAACCUCUUCAGUCAGUGAUGUGACGACAGAAGGUUUUUAACUCAUUUAAGUAAGACGUAGCCUGUAACCUGUGUCCUUGUGUCACCCAGGAGAUUGCUACACAGUAACCCAAAGAAAACACUCACAAACACAAACAUCAAUGACACUUGUUGUCAGAGUGAGCAGAGCCCUGGCCUGUCAGUACUCAGAUAGCACUACUGUAUCAUUAACGGGGAAGGGACCUUGGCCUGCCAGGCCCUCCUGGCAUCCCCCUCCCCACCCCCAACUUAGGGAUUAUGCCACCCUGGUGUGUGGUGGUGGUUUUAGACGGUGUAUGACCCUGAACUGAACCCAUCAAGGACCUGUGCAUUCAGUCUGGGAUAUUUACAGUGUCCCCCUCAUUUCUUCACCCUUUUGUCUUUUCUUAUAGCUGCUUCUCCUUAUUGCCUUCUGUCUGUCUCCCUUAUAUGUCCCUCGUAUGUCCUUUUUUUUAUUUUUUGUUUUUCUUUCUUUUUUAUUUUACACCUGUGUAUUUCUUCUGCUUUUCUCACUCUUCUAUCGUCCAAUAUUUCCCCCCCAUUUAGUCCAUUCACUCUCUCUCUGACUUGAACUCUCUUUGGCCUCCCCCCGUUUCCCUCACCCUCCGCCGACAGCAGCUGUUCAGCUCAUCAAGUGUUUGGACAGGCAGACAGUAUUAGCUGGGAGAAAAUUAGCUUUAGCCUGCUGGCUGAAAAGAGUUACCUCAACCUUUCUGCCCUGAAUGAGAGAAGAACCAACUCAGUCCAACAACUGCUGACCUACACCUGACACAAGACAACCCUGCACUAGAUUUAUACUUGGAAAAUAAAGAAGGUAGUCUGUCUCCUCAGCAAGGCUUGAGGUCAUAAUUUAAUGCUUAUAAAGAUGUUACGUCUGUAUCCACUUGUUCAUGCAGUGUUGAACUGUGGUUGCUUAGUGAAGCACAGAUCAGGCAAAAUUUAAUGGCCCACUUGUGGGAGUGUGCAUAAUUAGACACAAAAAGCACACAGACGCACACCUGCAAAUACACUUUGCUAAAGUGCAGCCACAUGCCCACUCUGUUCAGCCCCACACACUCACACACACACUCACACAUAAAAACACUUCAACACAUCACGCUCUGACAGAAAUGCACGAUGAGCCUGAAACCAUCACAGGCUUGUCUGCAGACGCCCAAAAUAAACGGCAGUGGUUUGCUGGAGUUCCUUGUUGCUAUGGGGUUUCCCUGAGGGCGGGAGCCAGAGCCUCUCAUGGUUUGUUGAGUUGGGGGUUUUCUCAUGACAGUAACGCUAAAAAUACACACCGUCAGAGUGCUACCCUACUUUGUGAACAUGGACUCAGAUCAGCCCAUGCGGGUGAGCUGUACAUUACCAGAGCAGCCAGAGCAAUCAGUCUAAUGCACUGAGUGCUGGAAGAGUACACACUACUGCUGCUGCUGCUGUACAGCCUUCUCUUACCCAUGGGUCAAAUGAGAUAAGACUGAGGGAAUGAGAAACAGAAAAGGUGUUUGCAAUAGUUUGUGUAACUGAAACACCUCCUUUUUACAGAUAUGAAACAACCACAUUGCAUUGUAAGUGAAGAGAAUGAAAAGUGAUACAGGUUUUAAGUGAUAUAAACAAACUCAAGUGAAAUAAGAGCCUUUUUUUUAUUUGUACCAGUUAUUCUCUGCUUGUGCUGCCAAAUACUACACAUUGCACCUUUCACUGCCUCAACAUAGAUUAUGAUGCCAUUUAAACUGUUGAGCUAAAGACAAAUGUAGUGCCACGCUUUGGAGGACCUUUGAGUGUCAGAGGCCUUUCUUACUCUGAGAUUCUGCUGUAGCUUUGUCUUUGUACAUUAUAUUUUGGUAGCACUGUCCCAGUGUGUGAGUUCACUCAGAAUUAGGGCAGAACAUGAGCAGCAGGAUGCGUAAACCACCCUCACAUCACACACAUGCUGACAUGCACACACACUACAUUAUUCUGUCCUGUUGGCUACAACAGUUACACUGCCCUGUCUCUCCUCUGUUCCUGCCUCUGAUGCUGCUCAGCAAUGGGGUGACAAGGCCCACCAAUAAUGUCUCUGACAUUGAUGGCAAGCCAAAACAGAAAUUCUACAUAUAGUUUUAGGUUCAGGUUCAACCCUGAACACUUUAAGGGUUCAGAGGUUUAGGACUGGAAUGGUUAAAAUGGAGCUGCACAGACUGAGGUACCAAGAGUCAAACCAAACAAAACUGUCAGAUCCUGAACUUCCCACAAUGCAAACAAAAAAUAUCUCUUUGUUCGGCUUUUUAGAACAGCAGAAGACCAUAUAAACCGGUAAUCAUGAGCUCUUUAUAAUAAUGGCUGAUACAUGCAGAUUGUAUUGUUAUCUUGCCUGACACUGCUGUCCUCUUGAUGUGUUGCCAAGACGACACUCCACCCUCAAAGGCUCAGUACAUCCCUAUUAUGCUAACUGGCACAGUGUCAUGUGUCAAACUCAUAUAAUUACUGAGCUGCCAUGUAACCUUCUCAUGUUUAUCCUCCCUCGUACCUUAUCAUGUGUGUUUGGGGGGCUAUGAACAGCAGGCUCUGGCUAUAAUUAUCAGCAACAUGCCAACUUCUCUGCAUAUGUCUCUCUCCUCCCCUGCAUGUCUCAGCUCUGGUUCGCCAUGUUAAUGCAGUCACAUGUCUCCGUUAAUGUGCACGGCUGAGCGUGCUGAGAAGGACACAUUCAUUCAUGACAUUUUGGGAACAUUGUGUUUUGAUAAUUAAACAAAAACGGGGAGGAAAAGCCAUUGGCACUUAGCAGAUUAUGUGCUGCUGUCUAAUGGAUAGCUGGAAAAAAAGCUGACUGAUGUGCUAGUUAUGUUGCUGGGAUGAAAAUAUUUGGUGUGUGGCAGCUUGCAGCCAAUUACAUACCCACUAGUAUAGAUAUAUAAAAUGAUGUAGGGACAAAUCCAUAAGUUGAGCCAGACACAGAAUAACCUCAUCAUUCCUUUCCUAAUGAUAAGCUUUCCAUGCCUUUAUCUGAACUUGUAGUUUUUAGCUAGUUGCAUUCUAGCUCAGCCUAUUAUUUCAUGUAGCUAAAGAGGAGAUAAAUAGAAAAAAUAGAUAACAGGGGCAGUAAAAAAAUGGAAAGAAUCCCUGAAAUUGAAGACCAGUGGCUAACUGAUACCUUAGAGGAACACCCCAUGAGUUAAACUCCAGCCCCUGAGAUAUGCAAGGCAGCAUGAUAUGGAAAUUGAGCAAUAUUGUGAAUUUAAGGGAUCCUUCUUGCAUCACAAACAUUCAUUACCUCUCCAACAGCUGCCGUAAUUCUGGAGGAGCAACAUUAUUUCUAAGUGCAAUGAAUUUGCAUCUUUGAUUCCACCCAUUAAACAAGACUGAUAGACCAAAGCAUCGUUGCAACAUUACAGUAUCAAAUUCAAAUUCAACUUUCUCUGCCACUUAUUUCACUAAAUCAAAAAGAAAAAAUGCUGCUGUUGUAAUACAGUGAUUUAGAUCUACUGUGCCCUAAGCAGGGUUCUUACACAGUUGGAAUUCCCAUACUUUUUUAUACCCUAAUCUUCAGAAUUUUUUUUGGAAAUACCUACUUUUCUAUUUUAGAAAGUCGUAUCUUAGAACUGUGGUAAUAGUCUGGAAUAGGCCUGGACGAUAUAGAAAAAAAGCAUAUCGAUAAAAAAUAUAUCAUAUUGAUCGAUAUCGAUAAUUAUCGAUAUAGUUAUUAUAAUUAUUUAACAUAUAUUUUAAUUGCAGCCCUGGAUGUUUUAUGCUAUUGCUUAAUGACCUACUUUUAAUAAAGAACACACAAGCACUAAAAUCAAAUUCAAACCUUUAUUCAACCACCUUUUUAUUUAUUUUUUACCACAACUGAAAGUUUUUUAAAAAAGAACUUUAAAAAAAAAAAAGAAAUCAACUUAAGUGGCCUGAGUGACGUCAGUAAAUACUGACAAACAUAAAGACUAAAGUGACCAGAAAAUCUGAUAAAUAAAUAUUUAAAUAGUCUUUUGAUGAAAAUAUACAAAACAAACAAAUAUAUAAAUAAACAGAAUAGCUUUAGGUGGGAAUAGCAUACUACCAGUUUUAACUGUGUGGGAAACUGCCCACAGCCUGGUGUCUCCCGGGGUCGGGAGAUUUCUUUUUUUAAUUAUCAUAUGAUUGACUUAAUACGCAAACUGAGCACGAGAAGCAGGACUUAUCCACGCCGGUGUUGUGUCGUAGAAUGCACCCCUGCCGAACGCACCCCCUGCUAGUAGCCAUGAUCCAAAUACUCGCGUAUGAGCUCAUUUUCUUCCACUUUAAGAAGCUAAUGAGUGGACGGGAUGCAGGGGUGCAUUCUACAGCACAACACCGGAACGUAUUUCCUCCGCACCCUUCUCAGCUUUUCAACCCCUGACCCGUUUUCAUGCCUGAAGCGCUGUGUUUGAGAAAUACUUGCGGCCGGGCACUUCAUAUCGCGGGUCGAGAGUGGCUAGAAGCUGGUCGAAGCCAGGCUUUUCAACGGUAGUUAUUGGCAGCAUGUCACUGCAUGGGUGAUGUCCUUAUGCCGCUUGGACGCUUUGUCGUAUUUUGGCAAGAAACGAAGUCCAGUUUGGUCUGCUUCACAUGCUUUGUGCUGGUGCUGGCAGCGGUUCCAGAGGAUUCCUCCUCCGACGACGUGGAGCCGCGGCGCGGCCGACACAGCUCGUACUCCUGCGGGUGCGAUCGGUUUAGAUGGUAGAACAAGUUGGUUGUGUUACCAGACUUGGUUUUUACUAAUUCUCUGCAAAUUUUGCAAACGACCGCUGUUCGCUUUUUGUCAGACUUGUAAAAACCAAAACAUUGCCAUGCUGGUGAACUACUGAAACCUUUUUUCGGGACAAUUUCCUCCGCUUCUCCUUGCUGUAACAUUUUUUUCUAAUACACGUGCUGUCUGUUGAGGUUUGAGAGGGGCUGGGCUUGGUGCUGUAGCGUACCUGGGUCUGCGUUUGUGAUUGGUUGGGAGGAAGUAAUGACUGUAGUAAAAGCUACAUGAUAGGCUAUGAUGAAAAAGAAAGGGAAACUGUGUUUUUCUAUCGAACUUUUUAUCGACCCGUUUUUUUUCUAUCGCACCACACGUCUAUCGAUCGAUAUAUAUUGUUAUCGAAUUAUCGUCCAGCACUAGUCUGGAAACAUAAAUAUUUUUUGCGCACUUUAUUUUUCAUUUUUCAUACUUUUUAAGACCUGGAAAUUGAUCAAAUUUAUUUCCAUGCUUGACAUACUUGCGUAGGAACCCUGCCUAAAUAAAGAUAUUUCAAUUAGUUGUGUAGCCUAUAAAUAGUUUAUGAUCGCACAAUGAAACCAAACAUACAGGAAAGCAACACAAACAGUACAGAGGGACAUGUUGAAUGAGAUUUGGAAAAGGCACCAAAAGGAAGUCCAUGUAUUUGGCUACCAAUACUGUGUUUUUCUAAUAAGUAAUGCCUGUGUAUGUGUGACAGACAUUGUCUGAGUCUCCUCUGUUCCUCCACAUGUUGAUGACAUGCAUGUGAACAUGUUUUCUUGUUUCUACCUUGUAAAUAAUUGUUCCAAUGUUCCUCCUUCUUUCCUGUCUGUGCCUGUGUCUGUGUCUGUUUGUGUGGGCAACUUUGGGGGGCUAACAGAUUCCAGUUGCCUAGUAACACAGUUGAGGGUGCAUACAGUGUUUAUAAAAGUGUGUGUGUGCUCUGUGGUGGAGUGUAUGAGAUUAUCAUAAUCAUCUCACAGUUACACUGGGUCUCCCUCAGAGCGCUUCAUUAGCAUAGCGGUGCGAGGAGCCUCUAUGACUGUGCAGUCCUCUCACAAAACUGUUCCUUUCACAUAUGAAAGAUUUUGGAUGGUUUCUCCCUCAGGCAUUACAUAAAAUGAAUAACCAUUCCUGAACUUAUUAUUCUACCUCUCUAUUAUGUUGUGGCAAACCUCCAGUCUUCUUUUUAAAAACAUGUUUUUCCAGAAUAGUCUUGCACUGAAUGUCAGACUGUCUGUAAAAAUCCACCAUAAAAGAAUGUGACUGUAGAUUUGACAGCAGUUCGUCAUUUCUUGAUGGAAAACCUGCUGCUCCUCUGCGCUUUCAUCUAUAUUCUAACUAGCACCAGGGGACAGGGGUGUGCAUUUGAGUGUCAGUUUGCAGCAUCGCCCACUUCAUUGCAGCUGUCUGUGCUGCCAAAGGCUCAAACACAAAGGCCAGGGCCUGACACUGAAGUUAAAAACACAUUUGUUUCCUCCAUCUUCUCUGCAAGAAUUGUGAUCAGCAGAAACAAGGUCUCUUUUGCAGGAUUUUAUUAAGCGUUUUCAUAUCAAACUUGCAUCUAACAUCAAUUUUUUUUUUUAUGUAGAAACGAUAAAGAUUUGCAGAAACAUGCCAAAACCAGACAGGGAAUUUACAAAGAUGAAACAAUUUCAUGUGCACGAGCUCACCAUUUCUGCAACAGUGUCUGUGUCGUCCCUCCUCAGCUCUCACACUUGUGCCAAACACUUUUCCAUCCAGUGCAGACAUUUCAAGCACACAGCCGUCCUGUGUUACAAAAGCACUUUGUUCCCUUUUUAAUGUAAUUCAGUUACUCCACUUGUAAGAAUACAAUCCUCCCAACUGGAUUGUUGUGUUAUUGUUGGACAGAUUCUGGCGCCUGUCAUCACACUGCAGUUGGAGAUUUGGCUGCAAACUAAAAGAAGGUGGUAGUUUGUACUUGUAAAGCAGUUGAUCAGGACAGUCUAAGCUAAUUUUCCUGCUUUUAAUGGAAGGACUUUGCACUGGAAGACAAUCUGAUAUUUCAAAUGAAGAGUCUAUAUAUUAGCUGCAUUUAGAAAAGUCUUUAUUGUGAGUUCAGUCGGCUCUUUCUUCUUUUUUGUGUGUGGUCCUAAAACAGACUUUAAACUGUGUCAGCUAGUCAGUUUUAAGACCUUCAUAAACAUUUGCUGACUGAGGAGGAUUCUGCUCAAAGGGCCACAGAAAUGACGUGUCAGAGCGUCCUCUAACCUGUAAUAUAUGUAGGAUAAAAAGAGACUAAAUGAAAAUAUAAAUACUUAAAAAUGUCAUUAAUUAAUUAAAAUGAGAGUUAAAUAAAUAAAUGUGUCAUUAAUUUAUUAAAUUACCAUGUCAUUCAAUGUAAAACAUAUAUGAUUAUGUCACUAUUUAGUUAAUGAUUUCAUGGACCUGUGUUGCAGUGCUUCAUGAAUUUAUUUCAAUCUGUCAAACUCACCCAUCAAAGUUAGUGGGCGGAUCCUAACACCUGAUUGGUUACCCGGCACAUUAAGUCGAGACAGAUGUUUAACAUUGAAUGAACUGGUAUUUUAAUAAAUUAAUAACAUAUUUAUUUAUUUAAUUCCCAUUUUGAUUAAUUAAUGACACAUUAAAGUAUUUAUUUAAAGAUGUGUGUGUGUGUGUGUGUGUGUGUGUGUGUGUGUGUGUGUGUGUGUGUGUGUAUAUAUAUAUAUAUAUAUAUAUAUAUAUAUGUAUAUAUCAUUAUGUGUCUUUUUGUUCUCCAAAGUAAUGUGGCUGAAAAGCGUCCAAUGCAGAAGUAUUGGCAAACAAAAAGGAUGCCCCCCGCUCUUUCACUUGUCCUGCUUAGUUGGUUUUGCACCAGCUUGCAGAAUUUUGGGUGUGUGUGUUUCUGAAGGAGGCAUUCAGGAGCCCUUAAUCACACAAACAUUUAUUCACACUUAACUCUGACUUUUGCUAUAGGGUACUAUAAUUCAAGAGCUUUGAUUUUAAAGAAGUCCUACUGUGCACUUAAGCCUGUAUGCUGGUCAUCUGAGGCAUUGAUGCCCUGAGCACAGCCUGAACAGCCACGAACCUAGCUGGUGUUGUGCAGCGAGAACAGGAAGCAGGCUGCUGCUGAUAAGGAAGUGUUUGGUGUCAGAGGACAGCCUGGUGCUUGGCUCUGAUAACUCGCACCAAGUGGACACAGAAACCCUGUGGCGUGUAUCAGAUUUUGUGUGAGCAGAUUCAUGAUGUACAUAAAAAAAACAAACUUGUCAACCUGCAAACUAAUCUGCUGUGCCUGCAGAAAAUCCUCCACACGAGACAGGGCAUAACAAAUAUGCUUUUUCGGCGAACGGGCUAUGUUUCAUCUUGAUGCACGGGGGGAAAACUCCUAUUAAUCACGGAGCUGAGGAGCUUUAAAUUAAAUUUACUAGGUGCAGCUCAACAACACACAGUUAUUAAGUGGCUGAUGUGGAUGCUGAAGAUGAUUAAAAGUAUAAUCCAUUAAGAAACAUCAGAACAUGAGUUAGAGGUAUAUUUGAAUCCAGGUAUUACUCAGAGAUUCUGUAUGCUGCAGUCAGGUAGGAUGAUAAAAUAAGUAAGGGAAUUCAAGUUAUCCUGAUUCUUUUUUCUCCAGUAAAUCACUUUGUUUUUCAUGUGUGGGUCCAGUCCUAUUACCAAUCGUCAUUAGUCUCCACAAAUAAGUGGUAAUGUUAUUCUUAAAAGAUCCUGUGAGUUACAAACUCACUAGAAUUAUUGACACAAGAGUGACACAUUUUUAGGACAAAUCAGAAAAGACACAAGUGGAUGCUGUGCAAACCUGAAGGGGCUAAAAAUGAUUGAAAGAAACUGGUAAAAGAUGUAGAAGAUGGCAAAAUGAAACGUUUUGCCAAUCUGGUGAUAACAAUAACAAUGAAAGUCCCGAUCAAAAACAUUAUAAUUCCAAUCUAUAUUUUUGACUCAUUCUGUCUUGAGAACACCAGUUGUCAGAGUCAAAUAAGAUACUCAACUACAAGUUUAAGUGGUAGGUUAUUGAGAAAAUUAGUAAAAUAUGAAACAUUUUCAUCAUUUAUUGAAAAACCUUAUUGCACAGAGUGAACAGCAGCAGCAGAUCCACUGUUAGAUAUCAGGCAUACCUGAUUGCACUUGUCUAAACCCCAAUCUUAUUGAAUUUCCCUUAAGGGAUUAAUAAUAAAGUUCUUCUUAUCUUGAUGGAAAUCCCUCAUGUGGAGUAACAAGCUGCUUAGAAAUGUCUUCUUCAUUACCUUCAGUCAUGUUUGUUUGUUAUUCUGCUCUGUGUGUGCUAUGGCUGCGAGUCCAUUGCUCGCGCUUAUGUCAUCGACUUGCAUGUAUCGCCUUCAUCAUGGCAAAUUUUCUGACAAUAAUAGUGAACAAUAAUUUAUCACCCAUCCCUACUCUACCGUGGAAGUAGAUUCAAUUUACACUCAUGGAAGAGUCAAAAUCUGCAAAUACUCACAUGGAAAAGCAGGAAAAAUAGUUGAUCAGUUGGAUUUCAGCGUUUUCGUCACUAUUUAUUAUUAUUAUUGGACAACUGUACAGUAUUUUUGUGACUGUCUUUUCUAUUUUUCUCACCAAUUCUUUUACAUAUAAGAUAUCUUUUUGUCUUAGAAAAUUUAAAUAGUGAGAUGGUGUCAGAUUUAUAAUGCCUGUUCUCUUCUACAAACCUGUUCCUAUCUGAGGAGGUUAUUAAGCUUAAAACAAGAAGUUCACGUGUUUGCUCCAUUGUAACUGUUUGAUUUAUGCUGUACUCCACAGUUUUAUGACACCUUCAGUCCAAUAAAACUCGAGCUGUCAUCAUUAACAUUUGUUAGUUUCAAUAUCAGAAUCCUUCAAACAGUUUUUUACUCAUCAGGUGGAUAAUACAUGACUGCUUUCUGAGUCAAGGACAAGCACAGCAACAGUGGUGUUAAUGCGUAUGGAGGGAAGUUGGUGUACACUGCAUUUAUGCUUAUUAUAAGUGCAGAAACUGAAGCGCAACACAGAGGUUGUUAAGACAGACUGCCCUUUACCAGUGUCUUCACAAGUUGUGACCACCUCAGGAGUCUGCUGUCUGGUUUGUGUUUGGACCAACUCAUUCUCUCUUAGUCUGUCUUUGUCACUUUCUCUUUCUUUUCUCCUCCACUGUGGUCACACUCUCAUUAGUCACUGAGCUGAGGUAGCACAGUAUGUCUGAAUGUGUGAAACCCAAAACACAGCCCACACCCACCUUUAUCAUGUUGCAAAGAUGCCGAAUGAUUUGAAAAAAAUCUGGUCGCUUCCUCUUGGAUCUGAACGAUUUUGUCACACAUUAUCAUCUUUUUUUUCCUCUGUGUGCAUCUGCAAGGUUGACUGACUUGUGAUGAAAAUGGUUGAUUAUUCAGUCUUAUCUUUUCCUGGUGCUGCUCACCUGAACCUGCUGUCCUCAAGAAGGUGAGCCAACCUGACCUGAACAAGAGUGAGCCGAAAUCUUAAGUCUCAUAAAUCUGUGAGCCUGGUAUUAAGAUUAAUAGAUAGCCCAUGUCAUUUAGGACCCCGGAUUAAAGCAAAGUGGUAGUGUGUGGUUGGCCAAUGGGAUCAUGUGACCAUGUGUGAAUGAGCUUAUAUAGUAAUUAACAGCUGGCUUUGUUAUGACUUUCUGGAUUACUCUUCAUCAUUGUUCAGCACAGCCAGCAGAGAGAUAUAGGACUGUUUGUUAUGGCAGGGGAACGAAAGAUCCAGACUGCUCCUGAUAAAAAAAAACAGGCUGACAACAGAAACUGUAAGUUUGUGGCUGAGUGUUCAUUUUUCUGUUGCUUCCUCUCAGCUCCAGGUUUGUCACCUUUCCCUGGCUUCUCUGGGGCAGUCUAGGAGCAGCACCAGGGCUUUAAUUACUAAAUUUGCAGUUUGAGUGCUCUCUACAGUUCUCAUUCCAGCUCUCAAUGCAACAAUAGAGUUUGUGUCUGCAGCUUGGAGAAAUAAGCGAGGUUUGGUGUAGUUGUAAAGUUUUGUCCUUGACUUUUUAGGUGUGAGCUUUGAACAUUUAUGGCUACUUUUUAUGCAGGUGUUAGCAAGAAUAUUCAAGUAUCGCUUGUGCAGGUGCAGCAUCAUUGCUCACACUUGGAGUCUUCCCUUUCUCCUCGAGUUAGACUAAGAGAGCUUUUGGGCCACUGCAGUUACAAACCUUACCUUUUUCCUCCAGUUUUGAUGAUUCAGGUUAAACUACUUGAGCUUUAUGUCCAAGAAAUUAUCUUCUCUCCCUCUCUAUUUUUUUUUGUCUUUGUCUAGUUGAUGCUGAUGAGAUUAAGAGGCUAGGGAAGAGGUUUAAGAAACUCGACCUAGAUAACUCCGGCUCUCUCAGCGUGGAGGAGUUCAUGUCCCUGCCAGAACUGCAACAGAACCCGCUGGUGCAGAGGGUUAUCGACAUAUUCGACACAGAUGGGAACGGGGAGGUGGACUUUAAAGGUAAGUAACAAACUCUGCUGGUGUAUCUGCAGGACAAUUGGCUCUCUCUCAUAUUUUAUCUGAAUACUAUUCUCAGACUCCCUUCAGUGUUACUGGAGAGUGUCACUCCCAUAGUUUAUGUUGAUUGAUCAAUUCAAAUCUUUGUGGGCCUUAUUUCAAAUUCGGACAGAGUGAAUGAACUGUGUAAAGUUGGACGUACUGAACUAACAGUGUUUCUUCAAGAAUUUUUCUCAGCAGUAGCACCUCUGUGGUUGGGGGUGGGGGGUCCAACAGGAUUUGAUGGGCUCGUUGAUGACUCAAAACAAGUCAAAUAUUACGUGUGUUGUUGUGCUCACACAGUGUGAAGAGAAAUUACUGAUAGCGCAUUGAUAUUAACAAGCAUGUGAAAUUUUAGUGGCAAAAUUGUAGCGGUGCAUCGCUGCUGAAUGAAUGUAGGGGAAACACUGACUAAUAUUUGGGAUCAAGGCACUAAUGUCCCUGCAAAGGUACCAAACUCACUACUCGUUUUUUUAAAGUGUACAUCUGUAAAACUGGAUCAACCAAGUUGAGGAGUUAUUUUCUUACAUAAUCGAGAGUGAUCAAAUCUGUAGUUAAUUUUAUAUCCACGUGCUUGUAAGAGAGAGUAAAUUGUGCCUUCAUGUAUGUAUAUAUAGGAUCAAGAUUAUUUAGCCAGAGGGACCACAAAAAACUUUUCAGUUUAGUGUCAAAGUUUUAUCUUUAAGACAACUGUCAUGUUAAUAUCUCUGAAACCAAUAGCAGAAAUUAUUUUUUACUGGUUUAAACUGAGUCAAAGGAAACUGAACCAAAAAAACAGGAACAACAAUGAAUGAGUGAAAUAAGACCGGUUUUGUAAGUAUAUGCGUUCUUAUGUUGCCAAUAUGUAAAUCAGCAGCACAAAACAUCCUCAGGCGAGUGCUCAACAAGUAUCAUUGGACCAGGACAAGAACUCAGUCCACAAUUGUCAGCACAGCAGACACGGCACACACUGUACUAUCUGAAAAACACUUGAUUUUGAAUAAAUAAUUCUAUUUGCACACAUUUUUUUAGCUUUCAUGCAAGCAGAUAUUAAUUUGAAGAAAUAAGUAUUGUGUACUUGAACUUUUGUAUUGUGUUUGUGGCGACUAUGACAGUUUUUUACAUGAAUUAUUUAUGAAUAAUUUACAGCUUUUUUUUAUUCUUGUAGUUCACAGUUUUAGAAAAAGACAAAAGCUGAUAUAUUUCAUUACAAUUUUUAAUAGUCUCCUCUUUGUGUGUUGAUACCGGUCUUAACUUCCAAGCCCUGAUAAUCCUCUGCCCUGAUAUUGACUCGACAUAAGUACCUCUGUCUUUUUCUAAUAUGUCCUUCAGGGGUCAUGUUUUUCAUUUCAAUAAAGUUUUACACCUUUGGCAUCACAUUAAGUGAUAUUUGAGCACACAUAACAGCUCUGAACUUUUUUCCUGUAAAAAGUUAUUUGUAGCAGAUACCUUAUCUACACAAAUACACACAUACAAUGAUGGUGAAGCUCCUCUCUUCAUUAAAUAAGACAGUGUUGUAAAUAAAUGUGACAGGACAUGACCACAUCCUGUCACGAUGUUUAGGAGAGUAAAGCCUGAAUAGCUCUAAAACCCACAGACUGUUGAUUUUCUUCUUCUUUUCUGCCAGAAUUCAUCGAAGGAGUCUCACAGUUCAGUGUCAAGGGGGAUAAAGAACAGAAGCUUCGAUGUGAGUAACUCUACCUCAUCAAAACCACGCGUAACCGGAGGGGGUAGUGCUGGUUUAAGGUCUGCUCAUUCAGCUGCUUUGGGACUAAGCACAACUGAGACUCUGUCUCCCUUGUGGUCCCUGUGUUGUGUGUCACCUCACCAUACUGCUACAACAGAAAAAUCACUCUCCUAAACAAUAAACAGACGCUGAGCAGCAUACAAAGUUAAUGAAAGGCUGAUAAACUGAAGCAAAGGAGGACAUCACAUUUUAUCUUGUUCUGGUGAUGUACAUGUAGAUGUUUACUUCCAGGAAAUGUAAGUUUGUUUUAGAUUUGGAUAUUUGCCAAAUCAAACCCUUUCCUCCUUUUUGUUUUCUCCCUCUCUCUAGAUUAUUUUCCUCCUGUAGACAACGAUUACAAUUAUGUCAGUAAAUGGUUCAAAAUCCUGCAGCCUGGUUUUGAAUAUUUCCAUCGUGAGGAGAUCAUUUCAAGCCCCUCUUUAAUGGUUUCCAGCAGCUUUAAGUUGGAGCUGAAUUUUAUGCUGUUUGUUUGUAUAGUUGUGACUGGCCUGGACCGCUCUGACAUUACAGCUUAUACUAAAACAACAUCCAAGCUCUUCUGAACAUUUAAAACCUAAUUUAAAGCUCUCAAUAAAUCUCAUUGAUUGAUAAAAAAUGCCCCUCCACCCCCACUAACUGUAUGUGCUGUUUUUAGUAGUAGGCAAUCAAUCAACAUUUCUCAAUACAAAAAGACUGGGAGAAAGUUGAGAUGCAGAUCAGAACUUGUGGAGCUCUCAUAGUGAAGCUGCAUAACUGAGUGAUUCUCCUGGCUUUUGUUUCUUCCCUUCCUCAUGCCAAACUCUGCACCACAGUCGCUUUCAGGAUCUACGAUAUGGACAAAGAUGGCUACAUCUCGAACGGUGAGCUCUUCCAGGUGCUGAAGAUGAUGGUGGGCAAUAACCUGAAGGACACACAGCUCCAGCAGAUUGUGGACAAGACCAUUAUCAACGCAGACAAGGACGGAGACGGCAGGAUAUCCUUCGAAGAGUUCUGUGCAGUAAGUCUGGGCCCUUCUGGGGUGUUACACGGGGGUGGGCACAUUUCUGCUGAUGCAGCUUGUUGUGGUGAAAGCAAAUGUCAAAAGGGCAAAAGAACUUGACAAACAGCCUUUUUUUGUUUGGCUGGAGAGCAGCAGACUCUACGUUCACGCUUAGUUUUAAAAAACACUGCCAGGGCUGAUCUUCACAAAAUGACAAGGCUCGAUCUUGGAGUUUAUUAGAAUAUGUCACUAACCUUUGACAUAAAUCUUGAAACAUGAGAAGGGUGAACACUAAAACAAGAUGAGAAAAUCGGACUUAGAGCUCAGAGUAAGAAGUUUUAUUUGUGAAAACAAGCAUAUCGAAACAACUUUGUCAGAGCGUGAAAAGAACAACAAGUUAAACUUCUAGCAAACACGGACAGGCAGGGACUAGCUCUGGUGUUCAAACAGUAUGUAGCUCAAACCUUUACAACCAAGAAAGCCCAUCUGUUAAGUUCUUCUUAUUUGACCCUCAGGCUUUGAUUCACCAAGGGUAUUUUUUCUUACAACUCCUCAACAACUGUUUAACUCCUUCUAAGCUGCUUGACAAGUUCAGAAGAAAGGUCCCCAAAUGAUUUAUCAAGAAGGACUGUAAAGGUAUUAAAAAGAGGAUCUGAAAGAGAAUCUAGUUUUAAACAGGGUUUUGAUUCUGCUGGAGUAACGUGAAUACCACUGACCAUGGAUGAAGAACCAGGAGGAGCCAAGUUACCAUAUGAAUGGAGGAUGAACUGCUGAUGCAGUCACAGUAGUUUUGGUUACAAUAAGAGGCCACUGUUUUGCACGUUGUGAAAACAUGGGAAAUUGCUUCACCCCCCAGGGAUUUAAAAAAUGAUUCAAUCAUCACAGAUUAAUUCUUUGAAGUAGCUCUUAGAAGUCUUUAAAUAGGGACUAGAGGGACUUUUAGCUAAUCUACCACUUUAUUUCUCUUUCACUGAUUUAACAGAGCUUCCACAGCCUUGAUUAUACAGUGUGAGAUCAAAGGAGCUCUUGUUGAAGCUUUUAGCCAUAUUAUUCCUCUAACUUGUCUCUUUUUGGACCACAUACCUCCUGCUUUGCUCAGAGAUACCUUGUGAGAUUGAGAGGCCCUCACUGCCACUCUAGCAGACAUGAGACUCACACUUCACUCACUGUACCUUUAAAGCUUUGAUCUAAGAUUACAGAAGAUACAUUUUUUUAGGGCCGACAUUGAUUAUUAGUAAUCAAGGAUAUCGAUAACUGAUAUUUAGAACUGAUAUUCAUUUGCAGUAAAAAAGUAUAUUUUGCCUUAUUUUGAAACACAUGCUUUAAUUUUAAACUGAGGAAAAAAACUGGAAGUAGCGCAUGCUAGCUCCGUAAGCUUCACAGAGGCCGUGGAGCACCUCUAGCGGUGUUGUUACCUGCUAGUUUGUUUCUUUUGUUUUAUUUCUCCACCAUAGACUGUAUAUAGAAUGGACAGUCUGCCUCCUCGCUGGGUGAAGCCACUCUGAGAACAGCACCCUCUGUUGGUGGGCUGCAGUAUAGGUCAUAAAUCCCGCCUCCGCCAGCAAAGCUUAUGGGACUGUGGACAAACUUUAGAAAUUUAUUACACAGAACAUAAAUUUUUCUCCCCCCUGCUUGUGAUGUUGACAUGUAGUUACAGUCAGACUGGUUUGUGCUCAAGUCCUCUUUUUUCUGUACAGCUCCGUUUUUAAAAGUUUUUAGGGGGUUCAUGUUUUCUAUGAUUGACACCUGAUACAGCCUAUGGGCGUUCAGGGACUGUGUAGCUCACCCGGGGGGAUACGCUGUUUGAGCUGAGCGUCAUCACAGUGACUCUCGGCAACUGCGCGGCCGAAUGCCUACAUCGCUACUGCACAGCACUGGUUUCAGGAGAUGAAGAAAAAUCCCGGAAAUACCGAGAGCUAUUUGGCUUCAAAUGUGUACACAGGCGGAAGGCGGAUCCAGGUUGUCCAUAGUAUAUACAGUCUAUGUUCUCCAUGCUUCAUGAUGCUUGUUAUAAGAAGAGUAAGUUGAAAGAUCUUAUUUUUUGACUGUGAAGGUUGUCUCUGGGGAAUGACUGCCGUUGGUUUAGAAGCAGGCUUAAGUGAUCCGUAUGACUUAGUGUAUUCUGUAUCUGUAUUUGCUACAGUUCUAAAAAAUGCUAUUUAUGUAAUUAUUGCAAUAGCUGAUGUUGGCUUCUAUUUUGUUCACUUCAGCUAUUAGUUCUAUGGUGUAAAUAAACAGCAGAGAAAGGAACAGGAGCCUCACAUCCACUUAGUAGUGGCAUACUGCCGUUAAUUGGAGCACUCUCCUCUCCCUCACUUUGGAGCUGCACCUCGAAGCUUGAGUAUUGAUUGGCUGUCUGUGUAGCCAAUGAGUGGGGACUGUAGGUGCGAGAUUGUUACACAGCCAAGAGUGGUUACUUCAGGCAGAGAGAGGCGGCUGUAUAACAGCCAAAUGAGCGCGUUUUGAAGUAAACAUAUUUUAUCGGCUAUUGGUGGAAAAAACAGCCGAUGCCAAUUAUUAUAAAAAUGCUGAAUACUGACUGAUAUUAUCAGCCAUGCUGAUUAUUGGCUGAUCCUCACUUUGAUCUCGCUCGUUUAGGAGUGUGUAAAUCAGGAUCGAGCAGGAAAACAUUAGAUCCUGAUUUUAUCAAAGAGAUGCUGCUCAAACACUUGCAGGUUCAGAGUGGAGACUAUGAUAUGAUUUCAGUCAAACUUGCACUGGUCCAGCUCUGAGCACUGCAGUUGGACAGAAGUGGCAUCAAAGAGGGUUUAAAAAUAACAUCAUUGUUACAAACUAGAUUUUUUAUGAGGUUUGUAGUUGUAAAAUUGAAGAGUGUUCACAGGUUCAGUGCUGCAGCAAGAAUUAACACCACAUCUUGGCAUCAAAACUUCAUUGUGAUGCUGAGAGGAUACGUUGAUGAAAGCAGAACUCCUUCACGUCCCAUUUAUUUGUUUACUGAUGUAAAGACAAGAGUGUGAAUGAAGCUGUAACCUUGGUUGAGUAAAGGAGCAAGUACGACUCGCAACAGGUAAAUGCCUCAGUGUUGAUCAGGUGGAUCUUUCUGGAUUUUAAAGACAAAUUAAAUGACCCUAAUAAUGUCAACAGGGUUUUUCACCAUGAUGGCAUCACCUAAAACUAUAGUUGUAAAAUUAUGAAGAUAGAGACACUUAAAAAAAUGAAAAUAUACGUGUGUUUUCUUAAUUCAGUGGACCAAAAGAUUCACUGGUAUAUUGGCUGAAUCAAUGGAAAAAUUCAAAGUCAGUUAGUUUGCCAUGUACCGUAAGUUUAGAAAGAACUCCAACAGAAACAAAUGCGUGAUACCAAAAUAAUGUGACACAGACCCACACUUGCUCAGACAGAUCUCUUUCUUUGUAGAGUAGGGCUGGACAAUGAAUCAGCUCUGUGAUUGCCCACACAACUUGCUAAUGCUAAUACUCGGCUCGCGCCUGCUCCAUGAUGCAGUGCCCAAGUGUGUGCAUAUACUGAUACACGAGUCCAGGUUACAGCCACGCAAAUUCAAAAAUAAAAAUACUAAAGGUCCUUAGACACCGGGGGAAAAAAGACGCGUCCCGGGUGGAAGCAAGAAGACUGACACAACACCAGACUGACCUUUUUCAGUUCUGAUUAGACACUAGUGUUGAGAUGGCUGUCUGUAGCAUGUAGCAUACUAUUCCGCUAUGCUACCUGUUAAGCACAUUAAACUAUAAUCCAUAAACGUAAGGUAACAAGCGAGACCUAAUGGUGCUGUGACAGUGAUUGAGUUUGAGACAGUGAAAAUACAUAUGGUAUGUUGUAUCUGAACAGGUUAACUUACAAGCUAAAGUUACUUAGCACAGGUGAAAGUUAAAACAAAGACGUUUAGCAAACUGUUAAAGCACACAAACCAUCGUCAUAUGAGAAAUCCGAUGCUAUGACUCUCCACAAGUCGUCCUUCAGUUUGUUAUCUUUGUAAUGUUUGUGUCUUUUAUCGAAAAGCACUCAGUUCUCCGACACGUAAACAAUCAGCUGGUCGGCCAUGUUGGAUAUACCAGUGAAGCAGACAGCGCAUGCACCACGGUCAAUGAAGUUGGUCGGAUUGCCUUGGGGAGCAGACAUGAAAGCGUAACAAACAUUGCAAACAAUUUCUUUCUGCUCGACGUCCGUCAACUUGAAGCCAAAAUGUUUCCAGAUUACUAAAGUUGUCCUACCUUUCUUCUUAACCAAAGGCUGCCUUUCCGCUAAGUUUUAAUCACUCACUCGUCAAAUUAUUGAUCCAUACACAUCACAUGCUGGCUGCAGCUGCAUGUAACAUGGGUGCAUUUAAAGUGUUUGCCCAGCACAGGAACUUACCUACAUGCUGUGCUGUGUGGCACAUCAAUCGUUUUGCUUCGAUUAUAAUAUUUUUAUAAUCAUGAGAAGCCCAAAUCGAAAUCACGAUUAAAAUUCGAUUAAUCAUCCAGCUCUACCAUAGAGCAUGUUUAUCUACUCAGUAAGGGGUGACUUUUAUACUUCCAUACUUUAUCAACUGGGCUGACCCAAGUGAAACACUGACUUAAGUAAGAAUAGCAUUUAACUCACCUCUGUGGACCGACUCUAGACGUCCUUAAAGAAGUCUUAUUCAUUUGUAAAAUUUUAUUCAGCCCUUUAAAAUUUUUGGGCAUUUUUUUCCUUGAUUGAGUAGACAACUAAGGAGAGACAAGAAACGUGGAGAGUAGAGUGGGGAAAGAAUGUAGUGAAGGGUCUAAACUGAAGAGUUACAUUUGAACUUGAGGAUUUUGUAGCAGCACCAGGGAUAUCCAAUCAGGGGUGUCAUGCCACCUCUCUGGACUCACCCCUGCUGUUAGGGAAAGGUGUAUUUUAAAAAUAUCAUUGACCCCCUCUGGCAAAAUCUCAGUUAAACAAGAUGCUGUAGCUGGGAGGAGUUAGAAGGAAUAUAUAGACCAAUGGAUGUGGGCUACAGAUAUAACAGAAUAUGCAGAAAACCCAGAAAUAUGAAUUUGUCUUAGUUUUUUUCUGUAGUGUUUUGAAGUUGUUUCAAAGUAUUUUUUAUUCCCACAUCUCAGUUUAUUGCGGCCUGUACUUCCUCUUACAGCACCAGAUGAAUAUAUGUUUCUUUUUGUCUUUUUCCAGGUGGUUGGAGGUCUCGAUAUACACAAAAAGAUGGUGGUGGAUGUGUGAACACUCCACUGCUUGCUGCCCCCUCCUCUUCCUCAACACUUGCUUUCUCCACCAUCUCUGAAGAUCUGCUCAAGACGUCUGGCAAAACGCUCUCUGUGUAACUCAAUGGAAGUAUUCGCUCUCUCUUUCUCUCUCUCUCUUGCUCUGUGAAGCCACUUUUUCUUUACAAAACCACAGGCCUCGUGAAGCCAACUUUGAAGUGUUAUUGAACUGUAAAUCCUCUCAAUAACCCGGUCGUAGCACUUUGAGAGACUGAAGGACACCCAUUUGUCAUUUGCGCGAGCAUCUGUGAUUGCGGAUGGGAGGGGGGACAGUCGGGGGAAGAGGGCGCCGUAAAGAGCCUGGUUGGCGCAUUCAUAUUUCAUCCUUUUUUUUUUUUUUGUUAAUUGUUAUUUUUGAUAUUUAUUUUUUUGUCUUUUAUAAAGAAGAAAAAAAUACAAGUAUAUCUUUGGUUGUCACGUGAGGGGAAGUGUAUAGUAUUUGAACACUUGACUUACAGUACAACUAGAAAGUAGGGUAUGAAGUGCCAACCAGAACAUAUCCAGAAACCAGUCUGAGUUAUUACCUAUCAUCACCGCUGUCAAUCAUUGUGACAUUUCCAACUGCAAAUGAAAUUUUAGAUUUUCUGUCCUCCAUUUAAGCUUCCACACAUUCGGGAUUACACUAGUGAAGCUUUGGUCACUCCAAGCAAAGAUAUUCAUGUUUUGUUUUGUUUUUGUGGUUGCAAGUUCAAUUUAUACUUAAGAAUGUGUUUAUAUUGUUUAAAAUAAUCCUUGUUUUCCUGUCAUAAAAAUCCUAGGUAAAUAAUUGAAUGCCAAGAAAAUGUCUUUCCAAAAUAAUCUGUGGCUGCAAACUGAUAGAUGGUUUACUCUUGAUGAAGCAUUUUCGCUUUACAGUGUGCAUCCAAAAGACAAUCUGUAAUGCAAAGAACAGGUAGAUGGGAGAUUGUGAGUUUAUUUCAAGACUUCAGUUACAAAAGACAGGCUGGAUAAAUUGGCUAAAAAAAGAGAGGAAUAGUUUAAGGUGAAUUGUGGUGAGAUUAUGCACUGCUUGUGCUGGUUAAAGAGACUUAUCUGCAGGCGUUUUUUUUUUUUUAACUAAUAUGUGUAUAUUAGGUAAUCAAUUGUGCUCAUCCUCUCUGACAGCGAGAGAAGGCUUUUCCUCUGCUUCACUUGAGCCCUUCUGAAAACGUACCUUUCUGAGUACAGCACAGGAUGGGUCAGGGUUUCUCCAACACAACAUAAAGACUUAGAAAUCCUACAUCUUGGCAUUAUCAGAGUGCAGUGGGAUAGACUGGAUAUUGUAGUUUGUUUAUAUUUUGAAAGUGUACAUUUCAUAAGUUGGCUUCUCCCACUUUUUUUUCUGUCAAAAUCACCUCAUUUCUUCCUCUCACAUCAACUGUAAACCAUCAGGGACAAACCCAUAUAUUCAAAUAUUUUAACAUCUAAGGGGAAAUGCUUCCUAUUCUGAAUGGUGUUGGGAAAAAAACAGCUUUUUGUUUUGCUUUGAGGAUGGACUACUGGUUUGAACAGAAGUUUUCGGUCAGAUUCGUGACUCUGGAGUGCUCCGUCGUCCCUUAAUCCCAAAGCUCUGCACGGCUUGGGCCUCCCUGUGCUUGCAUGACAUGGAAAUACAUUUUUUUGUUGUGCAUGUAGAUCAACUUUUUGAAAUAAUCCUCUUGUUUACACAUGAAUGGUGAUGUUAAUAUAUUUAAGAAUUUAAUGGUAUACAAUAUGGAUGUUGCCAAACUUUGGUAAAUGUACACAUAUUAUGAGAGGUAAUCCAAAUGAAAUGAACUACAUGUAACUUUUUUGUAUUUUACCCGGGUCAGCCUGAUGCUUCUAUUCCAGUAAAGUUGCAUAUCUGAUCCUGUCUCAAACUGCCACACACUGUACUCAGCUUAAAGGGGAAAUUUGAUGGGUUUUUUUCUUUCUUUUGUAUAUAAGUAUUUGUUAAAUGCAGUUCUGGCUCUCUGUUCUCUGUAUAGUUCAGACCGCGCUUUAGUUUGUAAGUGCUUCUUUUUCUCUAAGGGACUUGGGUUCUUUUUAGUUUGUGUGGGGCUAUCUGAAAGAUAUAAGUUUGAGAAUCUUUUUUUUCCUUUUUCUGCAUGCUGCAUCUUAUGCUGUGGGACUGUUGGAAAGUUGAUACUGUAUGAAAAUUAAAUACAAUUUAAAUAAACUUUGAAAUGUUGAAAGUAA